AUGGGAUCGACUUUUCGUGUAUGUAUCCCUCUCAAAUCCCAUUAUAAAUAUUUAAUGAGGCGGACUAUGCUUGAAGCUAAGUUGCGGUCGAACCCUUCUGCUAUGCAGACCCACUCUGAGAAGAUCUACGGGCACUCUUCGAAGAGGACGGGAACCCACCUAAAUGGUACCGCCCACGCAAUCCAUGUGUGCAACCAAGUGAUGGGGGAACGCAAAGUAACUCUCACCCGGGACGGACUGAUGAUGAUGCGGCAGGUGGUGCUCUGGUCCGCUCAUCGCGAGAGAAGCCCCCUCCAAUACUGGAUGAUUAAGACUGUAGAGGGAUCAAUUAAUGCCCAAAUUUAA